ACUCUGACUGGCCACAGCCACACAACCUUGCCCACACUGCCCAGCAAUGGCUCUGUGCCCAGCAGCACCCUUAAAGCCCUGAUCCCUAAGCCCCCAGAUCUCACAAGCCCUGCCCAAGUCCCUGUGCCCAGCCUGGCUCCAUCUGUCCCGGACAAGGGGCUCCUUCCUUGCUCUCCCAAGGAGGCUGAGCUGGGCCUGGCCAUGCCAGGCUGGUGCCAGCACAUCCGCUCCCCCUGGCAUCUCUGGUGGCCAGGGAGGGCCCUGGGCAGCCCCUGGGCCAGGAGGCAGAGCCCUGCAGGACCCACCUGGCCUUGGGCUGAGCAGAGCAAGGCCGCAGCAGUGGAUGCAGCCCUGGGCCAGGACAGCGCUUUUAUGGGUGGCUGCAGAGGUGGGGCAGGAGCUGCCCAUGCUGGGUGCACGUGUGUGGGACAAGGCCCGGCCUCAGCCCUGCUGCCACAGGGCCCUUCUGCUGACUCCUGGAUUUCAUGGUCAGCCUCAAGCUGCACCAUCAGCUCCUGCAAUUAUCCAGCUGGGAUACUGCCAGUGCCACUUCGUGGGCCACAUCAGCUCCAGGAAGUGCCUGGCGUGUGCCACCGGCCGUCCCUGAAGGGCAGAGGGCAGAGCUGAACCAACACCUAAAGAAACGCACAUCCUAUGUGCCCCUGCCUGCUCAACACCACCCAGCACUGGCCAGCGCUGCAGAGCUGGACUCCAUCUGGUCCCCAAGCACUGCCAGGGAGCUCUGUGACACAGGGAACACAGGGUCCCCAUGGCAGGCUUGACAUACAAGGCUCAAGAAUCAGAAACCCUCGAAAAAGCGGAACUCUACUCAGGGAUAUUUCGUGCCCUACCGAAGGCCACGAAGCCCUCAGAUGUGCCCAUGCAGCCAAAUUCCUGGGUGCCAUCCCAGCAAUCAAGUAUCUGAUGUGGCAGGAAGGACAAGAUGGCUUGGGCAUCAGGAUGUGCUGGGGCGGGACCAGGGGGAUGCUGACUCAGGAAGGGGCAGGGGCCGCACAGCCCUGGUGUCAGCAACAGCAGCACCAGGGAGUGUCCACUGUCCAGAUUGGCCUGGAUGGAGCUGAGCAAUGCUGGGGCUGCUAUAAAAGCCCUGCCUGAGCCACACUGGGACAAGCACUCACCUGGCCACCUUCUCCUCCUCAGGGACAAGGAGCACCCUCGCAUCUCUCACCAAGAUGUCCUGCUACGACGUGUGCACCCCCAAAACCAGUGUGGCUGUGCCCCAGCCCAUCGCUGAGAGCUGCAACGAGCUGUGUGCCCGCCAGUGCCCCGACUCCUCGGCCUUGAUCCAGCCGCCCCCCGUGGUGGUCACCUUCCCCGGCCCCAUCCUCACCUCCUUCCCCCAGCAAGCCGUGGUGGGCUCCUCCGGAGCACCGGCCUUUGGCGGCUCCCUGGGGCUGGGCGGCCUCUACGGCGCCGGCGCCACCCAGGCCUCGGCUGGCCUCUGCACCUUUGGCAGAGCCUGCGCUGCUCCCGCCUACAGCCCUUGCGCCCUGCCCCGCUACAGCAAGAAGCUCUGGGACACCUGCGGGCCCUGCUAGAGCCACCACAGCCCAGCCCAAACGCGUGCGGCCGCCUCAGCCCAGCAUGGAGAAGUUGAGCUCUGCACAAGCUGCCCUGGCCUCCUGCAGCCCGUGACACCCGGCCUGUCUGGGGUUUGUUCACCAUUCCUCUCCUGGCCUCUCAUGCCCUUCCUGGUACAAUAAAAUUUCCUGCAUACAA